UCUAGUCCUGGCUCAAACUGGAGAAGCCAGCGCUGGCGGCUGCGGGCGGUGAACGACAGCCGGCCCUGGCCGCGGCUCGGAGCCUUUACACGGAAGGCGGCCCUCGGGUCGGACCCGCCGCCCACUACCCCCCGCUUGGGGGUUUCCCCUUUCCCUGACCUCCUGCUGGUCGUCAUCACCCCUAGCCUCUCCGACUGAGCUCUGCGCCCCAGAGAGGAUUAACACCCCUAUCCAAGGAGGUAGCUACCUGCAUGGGCAGGGGCCACUGACUGGGACACUCCUGAUGCAGAAGUGAGUGGCAGGCUGACUGACCACAGGCAGUCUCUCAGCCAGGGUCUUCUCAACGUCAGUAUGAGCUCCAAGAUCCAAUCUGCUAGGGACUGGUUCAGCAGCCAACCACCCACAUCUCAGCCUGACCUGGAGCCUGCCACGGAUGCGCCAGCCUCUGAGACCACCACCCUCAGCCCAGAAACCACCAGCUUUAAUGACACCAGAAUCCCUGAUGUGGCUGGUGGCACAGCUGGAGUGGGCACAAUGCUUCUGUCCUUUGGGAUCAUCACAGUGAUUGGCCUGGCUGUGGCCAUGGUUUUUUACAUCAGGAAGAAGAAGAGGCUAGAGAAACUCCGCCACCAGCUCAUGCCCAUGUAUAACUUCGACCCCACGGAGGAACAAGAUGAACUGGAGCAGGAGCUGCUGGAGCAUGGGCGGGAUGCUGCCUCUGUGAAGGCUGCCGCCUCUGUGCAGGCCAUGCCGGGCAAGACCACUCUCCAAGCUCAGGGCCCGCUACAGAGACCCAGCCGGCUGGUGUUCACUGAUGUGGCCAAUGCCAUCCACGCAUGAGUGGCCUGGGACAGUCCUGGCCCGCUGACAAAGACUCCGCCAUAGUGCCCACGGAGCUGCCCACUCCGUGACGUUAAGACCUACUCUCAGGACCUGCCCUGCGGAAGACCCAGCGGCUCUAAGGACUCACCUACUGACUCUGAGGCUAGGCUGGGCAUCUGGCCCCUGAUGUCCCCUGAUCUGAGGGCCCUGGCACGGAAGGCAUCCUUCAUGCCAUGAAGGUUGAGAGCGCUAUUCCCUUCCUCGUCUCCUGCUGGGACCCCACACAUCAGGGUCUGUUUCUCUGAAGUGGAAGAAAUGGGGGGAGACGUGCUAUGGGAGGUAGAGGGGUUCUCCUCUGUCAGAGAGAGACCUGUCUUUGGAACUGAGGGAGCCUCCUCUUGGGUAGAGAGAAGCAACCACCCAGAUCUCUGGGAUGGGAUGGGGGUGGCUGCCCAAGAGAGGCCCAGGGAUAGAGAUGACACUUCCCAGUAGGUAAGGACAUCAGGAGGAAGGUUGCCCAUACCCAAGAUCAGUCCACAUUACAGAGAUUGCGUGGGUCUCCCCUGGCAUCUGUUGGCUGGGCCCAAGCCAGGAUGGGAGCUGACAGGAAGGAAGCAUGAGAGCAGGUCACAGAAUACCCGGCCUGCUAAAGGCCUCAUGCACGUGCACACAGUGGGGCAGGAUGGACACACCUCCAAGUUGCCUGACCUUGUGUGUGUAGAGAAGCAUCGUACUGGGCCACCUUCUCUGUCUUCUAGCUCAGGGGCUGAAGGGAGAGGGACGUGUCCACUGCAGCUUUUUACUGGGCUCUGAAAGGCAGGUAACCACUUCCAAAUACAUUCCCCUGUCUCGCUGUAUAGUGGGAUCUGGGGAGACAUUGGGAGAGAGGCCAUCUAUCUGAGGGCAGCGGCUACAGGCUGCUGGCGAGUGGAGGGAGUUCUGACAACCUGAGGCUAGCCCCUUAGGAACAGACCUAGGAAACCAGUGUUUCCUCAUGGCAUAGCCCACCCCUUCCUUGUCUUCUCACCCACAGUCCUUGGCAAUCUGCUAAUCUGGGGCAUCGGAAAAGGCAUUCAACCAAGCCAGACCCCAAGAGCUGGGCAUCUUUUCCCCACUGGGUAUGCAUGCACACAGGAGCAUGCACAGAAGCAUGCCACCCCACCCCUGUGCCCAGCCUUGCACCAUUACUGCCCUUGCUGGUUGGGGGGCCAGGGAGCCGCAUGUACAAAUCUUCUGUUGGACAAAUACCACGUGUCAGGAUGUGAGGGCCUCAGAAGCCCGUGUGGGGAAGGUUCUGGACUUAUUUCCUUCUCUAGAUGCUAUAAAUACCUUAGCAAUUGAGCUGACUGGAGGGCUGUGGGUAAUUUAGGAUGCACAGAAGCUGUAAUUUAACUCACAGCAUCUCCAAGUGAACACAUUAAAGAUGUAAUUAAGAUGUUUACAUGAAAAGAGCGUGAGCCUGUGACAUUCAGGGUGUGAAAGCCCAGGAGGGCCAGGAUGGGUGAAGGGCUGGGGGUAGUUGCUUGGAUCCCAGCUAUGAGAUGCAGCCCAGCCUGGUUUUCCUUGAUUUGCCCGGUGGCACAGCUCCAGUCCUGAGUUCAAGGCUGCUCUGGGGUCUUGUGUGUCAACUGCAAAGUGGGCUCGCAAUACCUGACAUCUCCUUGGGUGGAAUGGCCAUGCAAACAGGACCUUGCAGGUCCAGGGAAGGGACAACCCCAAGGCCACAAAACACACAUACUCUAAAUGUCUCUAUGUUUGUAGCCACAUCUAAUGAAAAUGAGGCAGGAGUCAGCAUAGGCCUGGGGUUUGCUCAUGAGAGCCAACUCCCCCAUCCUGUUCAGCUGCACCCUCAACAGGCCUUGGUGUGGAGGGCCUUGGAUCAGGAUAUCUGAGGGGACCCAGAAGCUGUUGGUCUGACAUCCCCACCCUGCUGGUCUCUGAGGGCUCAGGACAGGGGGCCACCAGAGGUGGUCCCAGAGGAUAUGCUUAAAAGGCCAGAGAUGCUGAGAGACACGACAAGAAGUGAGCAUCAGGCACAGGGAGAGGAGGGAGAAAGGAGAGCAUGGAGAGCCCGUGGGUGGGGCAGUGAGAUGAGCCCAGGAGACCAUUCUACCUGGGCCUGGGGUCGCCCCAGCACCUCUCUCCCCUCCUCCUCAGAACUCCUCGGCAGCAGUUUCCACUGUGAAGGGUACUUCAAGGUGGGUUUUUAGCUUGGUAUGGCCUGGCCCCAGGGCCCACAGUCUACGUGGUCCAGGCAAAGCUUGACAUUAAACCUCUGACAGCAGCAUUGCCUGCACCUACUAGGGUGGCCCAAUGUGUUCCAAGUCCCCACAUUGCUAAUUUCUGGCUUCCUUUUAGCCUGGCAGGGGGCU